CCCACCUUCGCUUCUCCCUGCUCAUCCGUCUGCUGUGAAUAGAUUGCAAUCUGCCUAGUGGUGGUAUUAUACACAUAAUAUUCAAAUAACCAACCCCUUCUCUUCUCUCAACUAUCCGAACGAACACCAGAUGGAUCUAGUAUCCCCAGAGAAAACCCAGGACUUGGACCUGGAGAAACCAAACACAUUCCUCGAUCAAAAGGUUAUCGAUGCAAGCCUCGGCGAGUCUCCUUCUUGCAAUGAACCAGAUGGCCAGAUGCAAAGGCGUCUCAAAGCGCGUCAUGUUUCCAUGAUUGCCAUCGGCGGUACUAUCGGCACGGGUUUGUUCGUUGGAUCUGGAGAAGCAUUACUCAAAGGUGGCCCCGUCGGCCUCCUCCUCGGGUACAGUGUCAUGGGGACGGUUGUCUACAGCAUGAUGGUAGCGCUGGGUGAAAUGGUCACCAUGUUCCCAGUUACUGGGGCCUUCAUACACUACACCACUCGUUUUGUUGAUCCAGCUUUGGGGUUUGCAGUUGGCUGGAACUAUUGGUACUCAUUCGCGGUCACUCUGCCGACAGAGAUCACCGCUGCAGGAAUCGUGAUCAAGUACUGGACUCAAAGCGUUAAUGUGGCUGUGUGGAUAACAAUCUUCUUAGUGGCCACGACGACUGUGAACUUCUUUGGCGUUAAGUGGUAUGGCGAAGCAGAGUUUUUCUGCUCUGCCAUCAAAGUUGCCGCCAUAGUAGGACUGAUUAUCCUAGGCAUCGUCCUUGAUUUGGGCGGCGGUCCCAAUCAUGAUCGAAUCGGGUUCAGAUACUGGAUUUCACCUGGGGCCUUCAAUCAAUUGAAUGAGAUCCCUGGCUCUACUGGCCGAUUCUUAGCCUUCUGGUCGGUCUUGGUUCAAGCUGCCUUUUCAUAUCAAGGUACCGAGAUCGUCGCUCUGGCAGCCGGGGAAGCCGAAAACCCGCGCAGGAAUGUGCCCAAGGCGAUCAACAAAGUGUUCUAUCGGAUCUUGAUCUUUUACAUUGGUGGGAUGACCGUCGUGGGAUUAUUGGUGCCCUACACUUCACCACAACUGCUGGGCGGUAGCAGUGAUGCAACGUCAUCGCCAUUCGUUAUCGCAAUCAAGUCCGCGGGCAUCUCGGCUUUGCCAGAUAUCGUGAACGUCGUCAUCCUGACUGCAGUGUUUUCAGCUGCAAAUUCAGACCUUUACGCUGGUUCAAGAAUUCUGUUUGGAUUAUCUUCUGAUCGUAUGGCACCACGGAUUUUUUCGCAUUGCACGGCCAAGGGAAUCCCGGUUGCUGGUUUAGGACUAACGGCGAUGUUUGGCCUACUGGCCUACAUGAAUGUUGACACUUCUGGAGGCACGGUAUUCGAAUGGUUCUCGAACAUAUCAUCCAUCACCGGGCUGGUGACGUGGUGGUCAAUCCUCCUUGCGUACAUCCGAUUUUUUCAUGGAUUGAGAUACAACGGAAUGGAUCGCAAUACGUUUGCUUAUCGGGCACCGUAUCAACCCUGGUUAUCUUACUUCGGAUUUACCAUGAUUACUCUAAUCAUCAUCUUCAAUGGGUUUGAGGUCUUCUUGAGUGGCAAAUGGUCGAUAUCCAAAUUUGUAUCAGCCUACAUCGCCCUUCCGAUCUUCAUCCUGUUUUUCAUGGGAUGGAAGAUCUUCCACAAAACGGGAUUUGUUCGACUUCAUGAGAUGGAUUUCGACACCGGCAGACGAGAGUUGGACCUCAUGGAUGCCAUGGAGAGAGAGAAGGAAGUCGAAGCGGUUGGGACACUCCACAAAUUCUGGCAAUGGUUAAUGUGAAUCAAUGCAUGAAAACUUUGGAGUAGAGGGGGUGGAAAAGCGGACUAGUGAACAAUCGGAACUAAUUGUACAAUAAUAAAUCCAUACAUCUUCUUUGUUUUGCUUAAUCCCUCAACGUUUAUUUUGACAUGUUUGAUGAAGCUUUCCCGUUUCUGGCAUGUCAGCAAUAGAUUAGUGAUGCUACCCUAACCCUUAUAUCCAUCGCACCAAGAUCGAACAACAGGAGAGGUUACAA